GCGAGGCCAACAGAUGAGACCGGUUUUUCGUUCGUGGUGUUCUGGUGCCUUUGGUUUGUGGCCACGAUGCAGCUGACUACCGUCCUACUCGCGUCCGCCCUCCUUGUUUGUUGCCAUGGGGUCAGAAACCCCAUUCGUUUCUCCCACUUCGAAGAUUACCUUCGCAAUAUGAACCAGGAAGAGCAAGCCAUGAUAACUAACGAAGCCAGGCCUUCGACAGCAGCUGAUGAUACUACCACAACUGCUCCAACCGAGCAGAACCAGGGUGACAUCACCUGUUGCAUGCUGGGCCAGAUCGCUGGCGACAAGGGUUACCACUGCUUCGCCAAGUUCUACGCCGCCCGACUCCUGAUGCGAAACCGAAACCGAGCGCACAACCGCAAGAUGAGCUUCCACGGCCGAAACAGAAUCCCGGACUACGGACGCAGGGUCAUGCAGACCUUCGAGCAGUGCGUCGCAGACCGGGGAACGAUUUUCCACAAGUGCUGCCACCUGGUGGCCGUCGAACGCAGAGACCGUCAGCGCUUCACGACGAUCCAGAUCGGCGGCAACGACACCAGCGCCAACGCGUCUGCUCAUGCAGCGCCCUCUAUUCACCAUCGCCACCGUGAAACGAUUAUUGGAGAAUAAGGAGGACGUUUGUGAGCGAUGGCAGGCCUUUUGAGCUCCUGAUGUUUGUGCAUAUGUGUGAAUGUGAAUGCUCGAGCGCAUGUGGACUCGACGGGGUACAAUAACGUGCGCUCCAGUGAGUUGCCCGUUAGAGGUGACGUAGUACCCUUCCACAUGUUCCCCAGUUGCAGUACUUAACAACAAGGCCAACUUUACUCGAUGAAGGUUGCGCGCUUUUAUUAUGUCAGUUUUUAUACCUCAGCGAGUGAGUGUUUGAGGAGAUAUACUUGAACUCCUGAAAAGAAAACAUGCGCUACUUGCCGCACAGUAAUUUUUACUACUGGUUUCUUCUUUAAUAUCAAAAAUGGAGAAGUAUGCUAGGAGCUAGCCAGCUCGACUCGAGCCUGAAUGUCACAAUAAUAUUUUUCGCGUGCGUCUGACGUAUUUGUCGCGUUCCUACCUUUGGUUGAGAACUUGAGUGCUCCGAGGUGACUUAUAAAUGUAGAUGUGUAAGUCUUUUCUUUUUCGUCCUUCAACAUGAUUUUUCUGCGUUUCAUGAUGUCUAUCAGGUUGCAUAAUGCUCCAUCUAGUCCUAGACGUUGAAGGAAAAAUAAUUAGACUGAGGCGGAAUAAUUGUACAGGGACGCACACCUUGGUAGAAUGAGUUGACAUUCUAUCGUGUCUCUCCUUAUGUCCCACUUUAUUUUUUGGCUGGAAAGAGUUCUUAUGCGUGCGUGUGUUUUUACGUUAGAGCUUCACAUCAUUUGCGUGAUGUGUGCUGGUAUACUUCGACUCGUUGUAUAUAGCUCUUGUAUAUUUUUUUAUUUUUUGAAUAAACAUUCAACAUUUUUUUA